AUGGCGUCAAAAAUAGCCGGCUGGUUAAACAUGUUUCUACAUCACAAUGGUCUUAGAAAAGUUGAGAAGUCUGAGCAAUGGGAAUACGCGCAUGAUGAUCACUUUGUGAGAGGUAAACCUGAGCUCACUCAUGAGAUCGAGAAGGCCUUCAGGGCCACUCUUGCUCCUAAAACUUUGGCUGACUUGGACAAGUCCUUCACGGAAUCUCCUCCUUAUCCUUCAACUUUUUUCGAUCUUAAUUGUGGCGGUCGAAUCUCACAAUCACGAUUUAAGUAA